AUGCUCACAGCUUCAUCUCAAACGCAAGCCUUUGUAGACGGAAUUCUAGACUACGAUAGCGAGACGGAAGUUGCUCGCCAACCUCUAUCCAAGACGAUGGAGAAUGUCGAGAAUGUCGAGACGACCGCCGACGAUGUCACCAAGCGGAGCGGCGUGGUAGAUAAUGUUACCACAGACGCAAUGGAGAAAGCCCACCCGUCGUCAAACCUCGCAACCAUCAUCUGCGCUCCCAUCACCCCACAAGUCCUCUCCUCGUUCCAGCAGCCUCCGACCAGUUUCUACAGCCAGCUCCUCGUGUCCAUCUGGGAGCUCGGCGAGAUCCUAGGCCCGCUAAUCGCAGCACCAUUAUCAGAGCUCUACGGGCGGUAUUACCUGUACGACGCGGGCAACAUCCUAUGCAUAGCCUUCUCGGCCGCGUGCGCGCUGAGCACGUCCAUCCGCGCGCUGGUAGCGUUCCGCUUCCUCAACGGCAUGGUCGUCGUGUGCACGGCGCUCAACCCCAGCAUGGUCGGCGACCUGUUCCGCGUCGAGGAGCGCGGGCGCGCCAUGGCCAUGGUCGACCUGGCGCCGCUGCUCGGGCCCGUCGUCGGCCCCGUUAUCGGUGGCUAUAUCACCAUCUUCACCAGCGCCCUCGAAGCCGCCUUCCUCCUGCUCCUGCGCGAGACAUACGCCUGGCAGAUCCUAGCCCACAAAGCCGCGCGCCUGCGCCAGAUAACAAACAACCCCCGCGAGCUCUUGCGGUCCCGGUACGAGACCGAGCAGCAGACCACCAACCUCUACACGCCCUACACUCCUAAGCGCCAGCAGGUGUUCCGCAACGCCCUGCUGUACGUCGGCGUCGUGUACGGCUAUUUGUACUUGGUCAUGACGACCAUUACCGGCGUCUUCGAGGGUGUGUACCACUUCUCGGAGAGCGUCGUCGACCUCAGUUUUCUGGGCCUCGGCGUCUUCCUCUGCCGCUUCACCCUCGACCUCCAUGUCCGCCGCGCAUCCGCGUCCACGUCCGCGUCCGCAACCGCACAACCACAACCAGAACAACGCCUCCCGCCCCUCAUCUUCGGAGGCAUCAUCCUGCCCAUCGGCCUAUUCAUCUACGGCUGGACCUCCUCCUCCCACACCCACACCCACCCCAUCUUCCCCAUCAUCACAACAGCCAUCCUCGGCGGGACCGCCGCUAUACCAAAACCUGGGGCUGGGCUGGGGGAACUCGGUGUUGGGGCUUUGCGGUCCAGGGACAAGCGGAAAUUCGAGUGA